AUGGAGGCGCUACUCAAGCUCCGAGGCGAGGGCUCAGGCCGGAUCUACAGCCUGCUCGCCGCGGCGAGAAAGGCCGGGACCGAUCUCCUGUACCAUAUCUCUGAGGCCGCUCGCGCCCGUGCCCUGACGCUGCUACGUGUCCUGCUGCCAGAGCCGCGCGAGGAGAUAACAACGAUUGUGGUGCACUCGGCAUCGGCGGUCCCCAAGAUGGACGUCAUAGGCCACUCGGACACGUAUGUGCAGGUAAGCGCCGUCAUCGACGGCCGCCUCGCCUUCUCCGCAGCCACACCCAUAAUCAAGGGCACCGCCGACCCGGUUUGGGAGCACGAGAUACCGCUGGAUGGGUUCUCCCAGAACCCGAGCGACGUGACGGUGCGGUUCGAGAUGAUGGACAAGGAUCACCUGCUUCCGACCGACCGCACCAACGAGUUUAUCGGCCAGGCGGAGCUCCGGCUGGCAGAGCUGCUCAAGCAGCCGAGCCACACCCUACUCAUGCAGAACCGCAGCGGAGACCCCGUGCUCCGGUGGUCGAACCCGCCGACCCCAUGCGAGCUCAAGGUUUCGGCGCAGCUGGGCGGGCGGCCGUUGAGCGGCGCGGCAGCCUCUUCCGCCACGAAGCAGUACCCGAAACACAUCUUCAUGAUGUCUCGUGGCACGCGCGGCGAUGUACAGCCCUUUUUGGCCCUCGCGCGCGGUAUGGCGUCGCAAAGGGGCUGGUUGGUGACGAUCUGCACUGAGCUGGCGUGGAAGGACUUUGUGGAGGGCAAGGCGACUGACGGCUGCGGCGACGGCGCGGUGCGCUUCCUACCUUCGGGCGGGGACACGGCGCUGCAGACCUCCACCUGGGUCGCUGGCCAGGCAAUGAAGGCAAAGACGGAGGUGAUGCAGACCAUCAUGAUGGCCGCCGCCGAGUCCAAUUUCUUCGCCUCCGCGCCCGUGAUUGCUACGAUGAUUGAGCGCGCCGGCACCGAGCAGGCCAUCGACCUGCUCGUCCCGGGGUUCACGCUCACUGGUGUCGGCCUGCUGCUCUCCGAGCGCUUCGAGAUCCCGCUCGCGGCCUUCUGCCUGCAGCCCACGUGCAUCCCGAGCCGUGACCCCGAGUGGCGGAACGUGAUCCCCAUCGAGUCGCACGGCCUCAGCCUCCUCGAGCGAGUGGAGAAGGGCUACUUUACCUCGCACGCGGCGCUGCAAUCCCUAAAGACCUGCUUCGAAUCGGCUCCAAUGAGCUCCCUCUCGCUCCCAAAGCUGCGCGGCUAUUACGGCCUCUCCCCCUCCGACACCUGGCGCUCCGUCUUCGAGCAGGACAUCCCGAUGGUGAUUCCAAUGCUGCCGGGCACCUUUGACAUGCCCGGCGACUGGAACCCGCGAAUCGAGAUGACCGACUUCAUCUUUCUCCGCUCCUCUGCGCCCGGCGCCGGCAAGCUCAGCCAAGACGUCGCUCAGUUCUGCGACGAAGCGCGGAAGGCCGGCCGCAAGCUCGUACUCAUGACCUUCUCAUCAAUGCCGGUGCCGCGCGCAGUCAUGCUCGAGUGCGCUGUCAAGAUGGUAGACCAUUGCAAGCAUGCGAUGAGCCUGAUUUACGUCGGCCCGCAGCAGCAGGAUAAGCCACCCAAGGCGCUUAUGGCGCGCACCGACGAGCUCAAGGCCGACGGCAAGCUGCUCGAGGCGGCGCGAGCCGACUUUGGCGUGCUCUUCCGAGAGAUGGACGCAUUCAUCGUCCACGGCGGGCUCGGAUCGACGGUGGAGGCGAUGCGCAUGAAGAAGCCGGUCUGCGUCACCGGCAUCCUGCUCAUGGACCAGCGGUUUUGGGGCAAGGUCUGCCACGAGAAGGGCAUCGGCCCGCCGCCCGUCCACAUCGACGACUUCCACAAGUCGUGCGUGGACUUUGUCGACGAGGCGCUCGAUCCGCAGUCGAGCUGGCUCGCUGCGGCGGCGACGACUGGAGAGUUUGGGCGAUCCGACGGGUUCUUGGAACCCCGGGGAAAGCCGGGCGUGGCCGCAAACGUAAACCACUUUGCGGAGCUGAUGGAGUCGGGGCUAAAGCCUGUGCGUGCGUGCCGCGGCUCGUGGGUCGAGGCGGCGGAUCAGUGCCGCGUCAGCCGAAGCUCUGCGGCGGAAGCCGAGGCCGAGACGGCCUCAGCUGCGUGA